AUGAAAGAACACGAUGGCUCUCAGCCGGAUGAUCCUCCGGCGAAGUAUAAAGGUAGACCGAAGAAGCGUGAAACGAUCCCAGGAUUGUUCGCAGCAAGCUGCUGGCCAAGGGUGAUGAUAUCCCGCGAUAACAAAAUCGGCAGAAAAAUGGAGAGACCGGCAGAUAUCGCGACGUUCACAUUUUACGAAGGAUCAUCGGGCGGUGAGCGGGCCCAGGACGAAGAUGACGGGGGUGAAGAGGGCGACCGUGUCGUGGAGCACCUUUACUGCGAAGAGAAUGGUGAGCAGGGAGUCUGCUUGAUCACUAGCUCCAGUGGGAUCGGGGAUGAUCUAGGGACUGGGAAAGCUUCGGAAGAUGAUGGAGAGGGACCGAAGAAAGUCGAUGAACUGGUGAGAAAGAAGAAUUUUGUUGGAUCGACGAUGAAACACGUGAACUCUAAGUCGGACGAUCGAGAAAUACCGAUUUUUGUUGAUCUCACCACCGACGAGAAGAACACGUGGAAGCAGACGAUCCUGAAGCGAUCGUUCGAUGACGUGAAGACACCGACGGAGAUUUCAGAACCCCGGAUUAUGAUAGCGGACAGCUCGAGCAAGUCAAGUAGCACCGGAAGCGGAAGCCUGGCAACCGCCUUGUCCGACCGUGGACCAUGCUUGAUCCCGAUGCAGCCGAAUCGUUCUCUGCCGAUUCGUCCGGCUCCGUUGCCCACGCGAUCCUUUCGCAAAGAUGGCCGAUCGUUGGUAAUUCUGUCGCGGCCGGUCAGGCUGGACGUGGUCGAAGUUGAGCCAGUUAAGUCGACUGCAGCGACAUCGAACACAGAGAUCCCUAACGAGAAAGACGAGACACCUGCGAUAACUGUCGAUGCCUCGUUGACGGAGACGCCGGUUUCGGGCGAUUACAUCCUCCCACUGAUUUCCAACGCGGGAAGUCGCGGUGGAAUGAAAAGGAAGGUAAACGAUGAUGCUGAUCAGUCGCAAGAUACCGUCAAAGAGAGCAGUAAGAAGAGAAAGUCGCAGGAGGCGGACUCAAGCCAGGGAAGAGAGAACUCCGUGAAGAAUUCUGUAAACGAGUUUCUGAGGACCUUCUGCGUGUCGAAUGACAAUGGCGGGACGCGGGAUGUAUACGGCGACAAGUGCGCCAAAGUUGUGUCGACGACCAGGGAGGACAGCUGCGUGAAAGUGGUGCCUCCGUUGAGACUGAAGAAAGUUGCACGCACGAAGACGGUAAAGGACAAGAGUUCCAAGAUCGUGGCAGAAUCCGGGCAGGAAUCAAAUUACAAGAUCAUCAGAGGCAAGACAUCUCGUUCGCGAAUGACACCGAGCCCCAGUACUUGGAACGGCUUGCUCCACGAAAAAGAUACUAAUUUGGAGUCUCUGAAAAACGACAGCUGCAAACUAAAGUAUCGUCGUAACAGACUGAAACAGAAGCUCAGGGAAUUAAGGGGCAAAGCUCUGGAUCUAGCCAAGCACAUGGCGAACGACUCCAGUUCCCAGCAGAACACUCGACUGAGACAGGUAAUGAACCGAUACGAGAAACAGAUCGAGAAUCUGUCUAAACUGCACAGCAAGCUGUCCGCGGCGCUGUCGGGUUCCGGUGAAGUGACCGACGUCAACGACAACGCCACGUGUCCGCCGGACGAGGGAUAUCUAUUUGUUGAACUGAACGUGAAUGAUAAAGGAUCCAUGAAAGUUAAAUCUCCGGCUUCCUCCCCCGAACCACCGAAAUUGUCUCCUCGAUUUCCGGUAACUUACACCGACAUACUGCCCGAGGAGGUCAGAAACAGUCCUCCGGUUCUACCCAGAGUUUGCCUAACAAUUUCAUCCAGUCAGGACGACGAGUUCCAGGUGUCCGAAAGUAAAAUCUGGACGGAGGGCGAGGAAUCAAAGAAACAGACGAUUUCCAGUCAUUCCAUUCACAACAGUUCCAUAGGCGAAGCAUCUGCUGACCUGGAGGAGUGUAUACGAACCGCGGGAAACAGUCUGACGAACUCAAUAGCAGAUGAUUUCGAUGUGGACAAAAGGUCUUUGGAUCAUUCUGACAACGUUGUGUCACUGUUUGACAAUAAUCAGUUUGACGGAGAGGAAAUGAAAGAUCAAAAUUGUAUGGAAGAGCUUUCUCCGGGUCGAUUGGUGAUACAGGAGGAUGAGAGGAUCGAUUCCAUUGGCUUUCCGAAUUCAGGGCCAGUCAUCAGCUCUGUGACUAGCGGUCUGGAUGCGGCUGCCACUGUUUCUGCUAGCGAGAUAUUCGAAUCUACUGGUGGCAAUGAAGUUCUACAACCUAAUUCUUAUGGAUCCAGUCAGAAGGAACCGUUCGCGGAAGCUGAUGAAGCCUGUCAGAGUGUCCAGAAGGUCACUUCAAGCUCCGGCUUGGUCAUUCAGGUUGGACCAGUGGAACCUCCAUUGAGACAAGAAGCUGUUAUACAGCAACAGAACUGCAAAGCAGAGAAAUCGAACAUCGAUGCUGUCCAAGGGAACACGAAUAACUACUCUAUCACUGAACAGUUUCCAACCCUUGGUAACUGGGUGGCUCGAAUGUCCAGUAAACAAUCUGUGAAGACUAGAUCCAAAUUGCAACAGGACGGAACUGCAUCGUUUGGAUCAACAGAAAACUCUGCCCGACAGCUGGCUGGGUCUGAGGCGCAGAAGAUAAUUGGUCCCAAUGCGACCAACGAUAUCAUGAACACGACAUCUCAAUAUGGUAAUGAAAGGUGGCAGUAUUACCAUCAUCAGCACCAGCAACAGCGACAGCAACAAUUGCUACAACACGUUGCAUCGGUGACUCUUGGGCAAUCGGUGCCGACGGUUUCUCCUUUCCGGCCUAGCAUUUGUCCACCCAUUCCUAUAAAUCAAUAUUAUUCGAACAAUUAUGCCAUUGACCCCUACAAUGGAACCGCCCUUGGUUACCAUCCAGGAAUCUGCCCUUACGGCCCAUAUCCAUACCACUCGCGACUGCAUCCAGCAACGCUGUCAAGCUACCAUUUUCCCAUGCAAGAAAGUCUUCGACCGCAUCAACAUCUAGACAGACGUUUCCCUCCUCUGCAAGAGACUAUGAUGAAGUAUCCCCCGCCUGCAACGAGCAACCAGACACACUCAACACACUCGACCGCUUUAGCUCACGACCACCAUAGAGGGUCUAGCUUACCAUCGCUUUUUUUAUCACCUACAUCAUUGUCCUCGCCGCAGCAAACUCUGCCCAGAGCACCCGUGCCCGGAUAUCCCGCAAGCAACCAAUUUCCGCAGAACAGAAUGAUCCCUGACGUGGUGGCUGCUGCAGCAGCGGCUGCAGUUGUCGCGGCGGCCUCUUUGGAUAGGCAACAUGAAACUCUGGCGUGCAACAGAAGCGAAACAGACAUGUCCACCGCCGCUAUAGGGAACGUGAUAACCACGGAGACCCCUCGCGUGGCGAGCUCCAACAAACAAGAGACGCCUCGCUUGCCCAGUCAGUCGCAGAACACUAGUUUCACCGAAGAAGCUCACGAGAAUGUGGCCAAGUAUCAACAGAUGCAGAAUUUUUUGUUUGAUCGACUGGAGCUCGUUAAAACAACGGACAGCUUCAUUCAACAGAACCCAACCUGCGACGGCCAGCCACCAAUCUCAUCUAUCGUCCCCACGACACCGUAUAGGAUCUUAGUCCCCCAAAUGACCAGAGCUAUGCCCGUAAACGAAGCCAGAAACUGCGAGACUCCACAUCUGGGCAAGGUGGAUCGAAGUCCCCGCAGCCUGCACAAUCUAGCUUGCUCGAACUGCGGAGUCAUCGGGCCUAAGUUCAAGUGUCUCGGCUGUGAGACGGUCUUUUACUGCAAUGAACGGUGCCAAGAGAAACACUGGAAUAUUCAUGUUCAGUGGUGUCCGAAAAGAAUGCCAAAAUUAAAGAAAGUUACAUGA